CCUCCACAGGCUCGCUCUGAUUGGCUCAGACACGGAUAACUCCAUUUUGGAAAACAGCUGUUUGAAGACACAACCUUCUCUCGUUGUUUGCAGACGGUACCUGGAGAAAAACAGGCAGCCUGAUAACACACGCACACACCUGUCAUCGCCACGGGGGUUUUAUCCACAGCAGCGUGCUCCAGUUUUCGGCCCGGUUCGACUCGCUCGCUGCGUUUUUGUCCGACUGCCAGGAAACUUAACCGGAGGAUCCAUGGUGUUAAAUUUCCAUUGUAACAAGUGGAUAACAGGAGGCGACCCGACCAAGGUGUAAUGAGAGCGCUGGUCAUGGACAGAUGAUGGACGUGGAGACGUCGUACUCAGACUUCAUCAACUGUGAUCGCACAGGCCGCAGGAACGCAGUGCCCGACAUCGCAGGCGAGGGAGAAGGAGGGGCCAGCACCAGUGAACUCACCAAAGACCUGGCAGAGAUGGACCUGAAGGCUGCAGAAGGAGACCCAGGGGCCUCCCCAGCCCCUGAGGCAGAGGGCUCCACCAGCCAAGACGCCCAGGGAGGUGGAGGCCCGUCCUAAACGCAGCCAGAGACCGAAGGAGGGGGCAGAGCCAAGGAGUGAAAAGUAGAGGAAGAGGAAGCAAGUGAAAGUGGAGAGACAUGCAGAAAGGAGAGAGUGUAUAUUGGUUUGUCCUAAGUGGACACAAGGACACCUUCGCUCACUGCCAGCCUGUUUGGAGCUUCAGGGGCCCAAAUGUUCGCCUUUUCAUUGGAUCAGAUUGUAACAAGCGGAGCAGAACAGAGUAGAACUGACAAUUGAGAUGCUGCUUCAUUCUCUGUUAGUCGUUCAUAUUCCCGACGAGACAAGAAAGCACAGAAACUUUGGAUUCAUGCCUGCAGAGAUGGACAGAGAGCUGAACAGAAUUCAUUUAUAACACUCGAAACAUUGUUCCAGCCUAAUAUGGAACUGUGUCACGGAGGGCGUAUUCAUAAUCAUCUGUUUGUCAUUUUCUUUCAAUGUGUGCGUGUGUGUUUGUGACCCUCUUGUUCAGUUUCAUCGUCGAGUCCUUUUCCUUUACUUUCCAGUAACAAAACAUAGUCGCCAUUAUACUGUCGUGUACGGACUUCAUAUUUAUUGCUUAAAUGUUCAGUGAUAACUUUGUGAUAGCAAUUUUCUUUGUGUAAUAAAAUACUUAUGAAUUACUGUAA